AUGAAGAAAAGCAAGAUACCCAUCGCUCCCACCGCCUUUCCUGAUCAUCAGCUAGGUGCUCCAACAUCUCCAUUGAAGGCCCUUUUCGACAACAAACCUUUACCUGAGGAGGUCCUCCAGCACAUCCUUAAUGAUCUGAAGGACAUCUCUCCAUCCCUCUCCCUGCGCUUGUCACACGAUCUCUACGACGAAUACGUAUCAUCGGUUUAUCGAUCUGUGCGGCUCAGUGGCGACAAUGUAGAAUCCUUCUUAUACGGAGCUAUGAAAACACCCGGACUCGAGCACAUCGAAAAAACGCACGAAGGAUGUGGAGUUCAUAUACACGAAAUCAACAUUAACUGGUACAGCGACAAAACUCACGCGCUCAGUUUUGUACGAAAGCUAGAAUUCACAGAUGUGGAAAGCAUGAAGAAGUUCUCACAGAUUGUCGGUGACAAGGAAAAAUUCUCCUAUGGGUCAUGCGGACCGAAACCGAGGCGAUACCGGAUGCUUUUUCCCAUGCUAAGGCAUCUUAUUUUUGGAGCUCAAGACACCCCAGACCUCUCAAUAGUUCCAGUGCUCAAUCCACAUAUCAACCCUCGGUUCAUCUCCGAGGACCAUCGAUAUAGGCUUUCGGGAGGGAACAGAACUGAUCUCUCACUUGAUCUCGAUUUGCCUCGGGGGGGUACGAGAACCAUACAUACCUAUCUAGGGAGGGACAAGCAAUUCACGUCAUUCUUCGGUACACUUAGAGUACUUGCCCUAGAGCCUUCCCGCGAUAUCUCCACACCUCUGUUGAAUACCAGACUGUCCUCUGGUGAAAAGGAAGUCUUAUCUUCCAAAAAUCUCGAAUAUAUUCCGUUGGACUUCUCGUACAUCAUUGAAAAGGAAGCCACGAAUAUAGUCGAAAUGUUCAAAUGCUCAACUGGCGGAAUUGUAGACAGAGCGAAGAGGAAGAACUACUCAGGUCCCGUCAAGUUGCAAUACUGCGUUCCCUCAAGAUACACCUUUGGUCUCAGCUCGUUGGUAGACCAAAAGAUGAAGGAGGCUAUCGGGAAGGUAAAACCCGACCGCGGUUACUGGAGCAUAAAUGGUGAUGAAUAUGUGAGAAGGUGGCAAGAUUACGUGGAGAUUAUGGAUCUCGGAGGAUCGGAUGUCUGUGAGACUUGCGGCCAACAUUGA